AUGGUAGGUGCUCCAGUACGCCCCAGCACCAAAGUCAGAAAGGCCGUGAAGACCAAUUCUCAUCCAGCCAUCGCAAAAGCCAAACACUCCGCAAACGACUCUCUAGCAUCCGAAUUCCCCAGCUCUAAAAAGGAUAAGCGCCUAAUAAAACACUCCUCGUUUAUUUCGAAGAUUGAAAAGUCUCACAAAAAGCCUCUGAAGCGACGACGACCUUCAAAAAAACUAAUUGCGAACCUUGACUCCCUUGCCAAUGCGCUCCCUAACGCUGGGGAUGGUGGUGAAGGCGUCUCAACAUAUAAUAUAGACGGCAACACGCAGAUAAAUGUGAUUAGACAUAAGAGUUUGAAGCAUAGACCUGGCGCCAUGAAGAGAAAAGAGAAACUCAACCAGAUGGAGCGAGAUCGGUUUGCGAAGAACAUGGGACAGUUGGCAGUGGGAAUCAAGGCGGACACAGAUGCGCCGAUGAGUACUCAGUCUGGGGAUGGCAUUAACGCUUCUACCGGUGGGAAUUCUACAUCUACUCGAUGGGCGGCUUUACGAAGCUUCAUAUCUCAGACGAUGGAUCAGAAUCCAGAAUUUAAGGGUGUCAAAUCAUGA